GGUGCCCAAUAGCAGGGUAAGAUGUUAAUGAAUCUUCAAGAUGGCGGUGAGGUAAACACGGCGGAUUUUAGACUGAAAGAUGUGGAGUGGGCUGUUGCCUCCUGGUGUGAAUGAAAAUUAUGUUGACUUGAGUUCUGAUGAUGGAGACCCAGCGGAUGGCCCUAUAUCUUGCUCCAAGGAAGAUAAAGGAGAUGAGGAUGUCAAAGGAGUUCAGGUUUCUGAUUUUCAGACAAAUAGACCUGAGAGUAUCAUUGAAAGUAAAUCCAUUCCUAUAGCAGUGGCAGAUGGAGAAAAUGAAUGUCAAGAAUGCCCUUCUGGAGUUUCUUUAAAAAUGUGGAAUAAAUUUCAGGAGCUGCAGAAGAAAAACUUGGAAAUGAAAGUCCAAACAAAUCAGGGAAACAGGGGGAAAAAGAGAAAACGUUACAGAAAAGAAAAACUGAAAAAGAGCAUAAAAGAAGUGAUUGAAAGUCAGCAGUCUUCAAAUGAAGGUCAAUGGAAGGAACUCUCACAAUACUUUGGAAUUAAUGAUAGGUUUGAAUCUCUUGUGAGCAACAGGGCUGCCCAAAAGUCUGGUCUUGAAGUCAGCAUAGACAAGUCUGUGACUGAAGGGGAUAUUGAGAGAGCUGAGGAACUGAGUAAUAGAUUAGCCACUCGUGAGCUCGGCGUGAAAAUUGCUAAAGCUGUUGCUUGUCGCAACUUUGUAAAAGCCAAGCAAGAUACGGAGGCUUCCCAAGAAGCUCGAAAGAAAAAGAAGCUUGCCUGGGGAUUUGAAGCGAAGAAAAGAUGGGAAACAAAAAGCAACAUGGGAUACAUGUAGUUCUGUCUUGAUCUCAUCUGAAAGCAAAGCUGUUUAAAAUAUAAUUAUUGGGGGUUUAAUACAGUACGUGUUGCCUCUUUUAUGCUUGCCUAACUAAAUCUUGAACAACUAAGCAAGAUUGAUAGUAGUUUAAAAAAACUUAGCAAAACCUGUUUGUUUACUUAUUUCCUGUAAUACUGUUAGAUUUCAAUAUCUUGUUUCAAAUUCCUGUUAAAAUUGUAAUGGGAAUAGAUAUUUUAUUAUUUUUAAUGCACACAGAAACUUAACAUUCCACUCAUGUUCUCCAAAUGGAGAAAAUUCUGUAUAACACAUCUCAGGUCUGAAGAAUUGUGGAGUCUGGUCAAGAUUCCCAUAAAUCUGGACCCAAACAUUCAGUGCAGUAAGGUUCUGUUAGGUGGUCAUGGCUUUUAUAAUGAUAAAAUAUUCAUGUCCGUGAUCCAUGGGUGUGGGUAAAGGGGCAGGUUCUUAGUUUAAAAAAAAUCAAUAUCUUAUCAAUUAUACAUCUGAUCUACUAAGUAGUACAGAUCUUAUCACAGUAUUGUUUUGAGGCUGCUCUUUGAACUAUUUGGAUACAAGAUAUCAGUUGAUUGAGUUGAAGGUAUACCAUGAAAUGCCUGAAGAAUACCAGAAUAUUGACUUUUGUGACCUUACCCAAUGCUUCUUUUAUUUAGUUGUAUUAAGUAUGAAAAUAAUUUUAAAUUAAGCUGUUGUCUAUACUACUAAAAGUAUCUUCUCUUUGUAUUAUUUAUUUAUGUGGCUAGAUGAAUCGCAACAGAAAAUUUUAGUCUGAGAGUUCAUGAAGCGCAAUGUUUAGAUUCACUGGGGGGAUCUAGUAUGCCCCAUGUCCUGGAACCACCCUCUUGAAAACCCUUUCAGUUUAUCCUUCCCCACUUACUUCACAUGUGUUCAAGUUUUAAAAUUCCUAUCUUGUCAAUGGGACAAAAUGUAGAAAUAUGAAUCUUGAAAAUAUGUAAAAUCUGUUAUGUUGUGGAGUUGAUCAACUUACACUCGAAUAUCAAAUGCAAAUUUUAUUCAGUGCCAGAUGUUUUAUAAAAGAAUUAUUCUUUGAAUGCUUAUGUUGUAAGUAAUAAGAAUUGUUAAUAAUGUUUUCUCAAAAUCAUUCACAGUGAAAAGUAAGGACACAUUCAAGACUAGCAAUAACUUUUUUCCCUGAAGCUUUUGCAUAUAUGUUUAGUCAUCAAAAUGCCUGAAAUGAAUUGGGAAUGUAAACCUCAGUUGUUGUUAAACAAGAUUAAUAUGUUUCAGGCCAAAGGUUUGGUAUUAACAUAAUGGUGAUUUACUAUUUAAGAACUUCAGGCUAAAACAACUUGCCAAAGAAUAGUACUUUGAAGGUUUACGGCACCAGUUCUAAGACCUAAGGUUUGUAGUCUAACAUGGAAUAGGGUAUUUUUUGGUAGCCCUCGGGAUGUUGGGUAUAUUUUUUUUUUCUUCCCCCCAGCAGAACAUUGUACUUUCAUAAAGAUGAAAGUUUGCAAUAUGGUAAUCCUAGAGUUAGCUGUAAUUAGUUAUGAUGACAGAGUUAAAGACAACUGCCAAGACUGUAAACCAGUGGGUAAACAGGUUUCUGAAACAGAACAUCAUAAAAUUCAAACUGUAUUUUAAAUACAUGUACCUUUUUUGGAAGAGCCAUUGGCAUGGGGAAAGGAAGCAAGUGGUAUGUAGUCCUCAUAUUUACUUUAUAUAUGCAUUAAAUUUACAAAUACAUAAUA